AUGUCUUCUGAAAUAACCCAACAGAAACUCAAGAGUUCUCUACCAAUGCAACCUAGAUGGCCCAUGUUCUUUUGUCCCACCUCACAAAUUCACAAUGCUGGAGAAAUUGCAAGGAUCCGUGAAGAAUGCAAAAGGGAAAGUUUCUGGUACAGAGCUCUUCCUUUGUCUCUUGGAAGCAUGCUUGUCACCCAGGGCUUAGUAUCAAAAGGUGUUUUCUCAGCAAGCCCAAGAUUUGGUGCAUUACCUAAGAUGGCAAUUGCUGGCAUCUUAGGUUUUGCCAUUGGAAAGAUGUCAUACAUAGGAGAAUGCCAAAAAAAGUUCCAGGAAAUUGGUAUUGUACCACAAAAAAGGCAUUGUCAUCAUACUUGCAAAGAAUGUGAAACAAAAUUGGGAUUGAAUGAGAAAGAAGGUUAA